ACAAAUCAAAUGAUUCCUUGCUUGCCCCCCUUUCCCUCCAAAAUUCUCGCUGCGGCCCUCGUCUUCCUCCUCUUCUUCUUCUGUAAAGUGCCAAGUGCCAACUGCAUUCUGGCUUACUUGGAACACCACUCCUUGAUUCCUUCCCAUUCCACCAGUCUCAUCUUGCAUAGUGCUAGAACUUAUCCAUUUGCUUGCUACUGCUCUUGCCCAGCAUGAGCAAACGGCCGAUGAUGACAACGCCGGCGGGCGGAGAAGACGGUGAGCCAUCCAGCGGCGCUCGCGGAGCCGGUGCGCCGCCGCCGUCUCAGCCGGUCGGUACCGGCCGCUACGCAAGACUGCAGAGCGCCGGCACCGGGACCAGUGCCGCCGACGGCGACCGGCCCAGACGUCGUGUGACCUAUAUGGAAGGCCGUUUUGAAGCGGCGGAGCAGCCGCCAACCGAUGACGGUUACGGUGCCGGGGACACUGCCCCGCCCCAGACGCGCACGCAACGCCCCAGGCCGACCUACACGCCUGUGUCGCAGAGGAGACGAGAGGGCGAUUGAUGAGCAGCCACGGUUGUACGGAGAUUACCCGCGCCGGGGCAGCCCGGCGGAACCGCCGGCGCGAACGCCAACGCGGCCCCGGGGUAGCCGUGCCGGGCUGGGAGGAGCUGCGGGAGGGGCGCUGCCACCGGGGAGCAGCAGCCUCCCCAGCCCCGAAACGGCUGUUUCGACAACUGGUGGGAUCCCCGGCUCGUCGGGAGGAGCACCACCGGUGCAACCCCGGCGUGGUGGCCUGAAGACCAAUAAGACCAUCGAGCGCGUCAGCACGCUGGGGGACGAGCCGGUAGGACUGGGUGGGAGUGGGAGUUCGGAGCCGCCGCCGCCGCCAACGCAAACGCAACCGAAGCCGGAGCCACGUUUUUCUCUUCCUCAGCAGCCGGAGGAGGGGCCGUAUGUCGACCAGCCGCCGAAGCAGCCGUCUUCGUCGGGGUCGGGGACGAAGAGGCCAGCUGGAGCGUCGCCGACGCUGAUCAGGAGGAAGGAGAAGGCGACGAAGCUGAUGACGGUCUGCUUGACCUGCUGCUGCAUCCUGUUCUGGCUCCUGGUGGUCUGCGUCGGCCUCGCCAUCCUGGUGGUGUACCUCCUGUACCACCCCAGGGCGCCGCGGAUCCACGUGAGCACGGCCACCCUCAACGCCGGGUACAUCGACGAGCUCCCGCCACCGCACCUGGGCAAGGCGCUCAACUCAGACCUCUACGUGCUGGCGGCCAUCUACAACCCGAACACCAAGGUCGACGUCGUCCUGCGCUACAUGCAGCUGGACCUCUACUUCCAGGGGAGGCUGAUCGGGACGCAGGCGGUGUGGCCGCCGCUGUACGAGAAGCCCGGCGACUCGGCGCUCCGCAGCGUGCACCUGGUGGUCAGCGAGGUGGUCAUGACGCAGGAGGACGCCGAGGUGUGGAAGAACGUCACCACCGGCGGCGGCCUCGUGGAGAUGCACCUCCAGGGCAAAUUCCACGUCCAGCUCAACUUCGGCCGCUGGCUCCCGUUCAGGUACACGGUCAGGCCGACCUGCGCCCUCUGGCUCGACCCGCCGCCGGCCGGCGCGCUGCGCAGGGCGCGCUGUUUGAAUUCUUGAUUAGGGCAUUUUAAGGUAAAUGCGCGAAGCAACUUCCGAUCAAUUCUAUGCAAAAAAACAAAAACAAAAACAAUGCUGCUCGCAUGCCUUGCUUAUUAGUCGAACAACCCGUGUUUUUUUGGUUUAUACAGUAGCUUUUUUUCUGGCUGAAACUCAUUUGGAAAUUGGGAUUCUUGCAGUUCUAUUAUUAUUAUUGUAAAAAAAGUCAAAUGGAAUCAGAUAUCGAGCCAGUGACA